AUGGAUUUCAAUGGGACCCAGGACUACCAGUCGGAUCCUACGAGGCUUCCCUACAACAGCAGCAUGGACUACGAGGACUAUGACCAGGACCCUGACCCCAGUAAGAUCAUCAUCCCGUCCAUCUAUGCUCUGGUCUGCUGUGUUGGCCUCACCGGGAACGCCAUGGUCAUCUAUGUGAUUCUGAAAUACGCCAAAAUGAAAACAGCCACCAAUAUCUACAUCCUGAACCUUGCCAUUGCAGACGAGCUCUUCAUGCUGAGCGUUCCUUUCCUGGCCACAUCUGCCGCCAUCCGUCACUGGCCGUUCGGCUCCCUAAUGUGCAGACUGGUUUUGAGCGUGGACGGGAUCAACAUGUUCACCUCCAUCUUCUGCCUGACCGUGCUGAGCGUGGACCGCUACGUCGCUGUGGUCCAUCCCAUCAAGGCGGCUCGGUACCGCAGACCCACGGUGGCUAAGGUGGUGAAUGUGUGCGUGUGGGGGCUGUCGCUCAUUGUCAUCCUGCCCAUCAUCAUCUUUGCAGACACCGUCCCCGCUCAGGACGGGGGCAUGGACUGUAACUUCCUGUGGCCUGAGGCAGUGUGGUCCGAGGCCUUCGUGGUCUACACCUUCCUGCUGGGCUUCUUGCUGCCGGUCUGUGCCAUCUGCCUGUGUUACUGCCUGAUGGUGGCCAGGAUGCGCGCGGUGGGGCUGAAGGCAGGCUGGUUGCAGCGCCGGCGCUCGGAGAAGAAGAUCACGCGCAUGGUACUGCUGGUGGUGGCGGUGUUCGUGCUCUGCUGGAUGCCUUUCUACAUCGUUCAGCUGGUCAGCGUGUUUCACCGGCCCCCGAACCCCAUGGUCACCCAGCUCUUUGUCAUCCUCAGCUACGUCAACAGCAGCGCCAACCCCAUCCUGUAUGGCUUUGUGUCUGAUAACUUCAGGAGGUCGUUCCAGCGCAUCGUGUGUUUCCGGUGGCUAGAGUCCGGACUGGACGCGGAGCAAGUGGAUUACUGUGCAGUGGAUCUGAAGAGACAGAACACAUGUAGUCCUCCUGACUUCCCCAAAGACUGCUUGGCUUCAGAGAUGGUGCUCAGGAAUGGGGCGUACACCUCCAGAACAACCACUGUGUGAACACAAACUAGAACCUGAAACCAGGACCCGAAACCGGGACCUGA